CUUAUGCUAUAUGUAUUAAUGCUCCUUCUUUAUUAAGUCUGGGCACAAAACCUACAGUACAUCGACAUGCCUCCAGGCUCGGCCGCAGUUGAGCCCGCCAUGACGACCAUUCUGUCAGUGGGCACGCCAGCAAUCUCACGCCGCUCGGUCGCUGCUCUGCACAACUCACGCCACCCAAUAGUAUGCGUUGCGCAGCGGGCAGCCUUUUCAAGCACGCCUCCAACUGCCCUUCCUACGCCGGGAGAAAGCCUGUUUCGCUCUUCAUCCACCAUUGGCGGCCCGCCGAGCAACUACUUCCAGCGGCAAAGCCUACCUGCAAACACCAUCAUCAAAUUCGUCCCGCAACAGACAGCAUGGAUCGUGGAACGCAUGGGUAGAUUUAACCGCAUAUUACAGCCUGGUCUGGCAAUCCUUAUACCCAUCCUCGACCGGAUAGCGUACGUCAAGAGCCUGAAGGAGAAUGCUAUGGAAAUACCAUCUCAGUCUGCAAUCACUGCAGACAACGUGACUUUGGAGCUCGAUGGUGUGCUAUAUACGCGUGUGUUUGAUCCGUUUAAGGCGAGUUAUGGAGUCGAGGACGCAGACUACGCCAUCAGCCAACUCGCGCAGACGACGAUGCGGUCGGAGAUUGGCCAGUUGACGCUGGACCAUGUGCUCAAGGAGCGAGCGCAGCUCAAUACCAAUAUCACGCAAGCGAUAAACGAGGCGGCAGCGGACUGGGGCGUGAGGUGUUUGCGAUACGAGAUCAGAGACAUACAUGCGCCUGACCCUGUGGUGGAGGCUAUGCACAGGCAGGUUACAGCGGAGCGGAGUAAGCGAGCAGAGAUCUUGGAUUCGGAGGGUCAGAGACAGAGCGCGAUCAACAUUGCCGAAGGACGCAAGCAGUCCGUCAUUCUGGCUUCCGAGGCUAUCAAGGCGGAGCAAGUCAACACCGCAUCCGGUGAGGCAGAGGCUAUCCUAAUGAAAGCCAAGGCAACGGCGGCGGGUAUCGAUGCAGUCGCGCGUGCAAUAGAAGCAGGUCAGCAGUCCGCUCAAGGCGCUGUGUCGCUUUCCGUAGCGGAGAAGUACGUCGAUGCUUUCGGCAAAUUGGCGAAGGAAGGCACGUCUGUGGUCGUGCCGGGUAAUGUGGGCGAUAUCGGCUCGAUGAUUGCGACGGCUAUGGGCGUGUAUGGGACGGUGAACCAGUCGCAGGUAAAACUCCAGGCGCAGAAACAUGGACUAUUGGGCGCUGGUGAGCAGUCUCAGGAGCAGCAUGGUGCGUUGGCUGCAGAGGGCGACGGUAAGAAGGAGGGCUCUUCGAAGAAUGCGAUGGCGCAGAGCGUGCUGGAGAGCUUCGACCGGACGAAGCAGCGACAUUGAGAUCUUGUGCUUGUUCAUCCAUGGCGUUAUGGAUGGGAAGGAAGAACCUAGUCUGCAUAAGAGCAGGGCAAUUUGUACUGUUACAGCAGGGUGUUAACGGCUUUCGGCUCUGCUUCGAAGGCCGUAACUGGUGGACGGCCGCUUGUAUAGCAUGUCUCAAUCAAUCACACCUUCUCUAUGACC